GUUUUCUUGUAUCAGUAACUGGAGUAACGUUUGGGAAAAUAUACAUGAAUAUGCCAUAUCCCCUGCUGUAUUUCUGCUGUUUCUCCAUGCAGCGCUUGUUCAGGAUAAUGUGCAAGAGCGCCCUCUAGUCGCAGAUUUCACCACUUCACCGGUUUCAUUGUUUAGGGCUCAACACUGAUUAAUUCUUCUUUAGGGGUUUGAGUGUGGACAACAUACGGAAUUAUGUGUGUGUUAAACUCCGAGGAUAAUUUAAUAUCAAGUUUAUAUUUGUACUACCUGUCUAUUGACUGCAUUCGUGUGAUGACUUUGUCUUCCUGGAAGGUUACUGAUCAGCUUAAGUCUUAGACGAAUGUCGACUCAGCGGAAUAGAACGGGCAUGUGUCUGCGCUCGGACAGCAAAAUAUCUGAUUACCUAAAAUAAUAUUCAACUAGACAAAAUCUUUCUUAUGCAAAAACUAAAUAUAAUUUAUUAACGUCAUUGACUAGGACUUCUUGCAUUUUGGAUCCUGUAGAAAUGCAUUUACUCGGGCAUCCAGGCGUCUGAAGCUUGGUCCUGAUGUGAGUUUGAGUGAUGGGAAGUUGUUUUGGAGUGAUACGUCAAAGGUCUCACCUGUCCUCCAGGAAUGCAUCCAGAUACAGCACCAAAGGAGGAGGACGCAAUGAGCCCCUGAAGAAAGAUAAGCCCAAGUGGAAGAGUGAAUAUCCUAUGACAGAGGGCCAGCUGCGCAGUAAAAGAGAUGAAUUCUGGGACACGGCCCCAGCAUUUGAUGGCCGUAAAGAGAUCUGGGAUGCACUGAAAGCUGCAGCUGUCGCGAUUGACUGUAAUGACCAUGAACUGGCGCAGGCUAUUGUAGAUGGAGCCAGCAUCACACUGCCUCAUGGGUCUCUUAUGGAGUGCUAUGAUGAACUGGGGAAUCGCUAUCAGCUCCCUGCAUACUGCUUGGCUCCUCCAGUCAACCUGCUGUCUGAGUGCAACGAUCAUAAUGUGUCUGAAAACUCUGAGCUACAGGAGAAGGAGGAGAAGGAGUUCCAGCUGAAGGUGCGUCUCUCCACCGGAAAAGACCUUCGCCUCAGCGCCACGAUGGCCGAUUCCAUCCGUCAGCUGAAAAAACAGCUUCAAAUUCAGGAAGACAUUGAUACCGCACACCAGCGCUGGUUUUUCUCUGGAAAGCUACUCACGGAUAAAACACGUUUACAAGACACCAAAAUCCAGAAGGACUUUAUAAUACAGGUCAAUGUUAGUCAGCCCAUUGUUCCCAACUAAACACACAAAUCUUUGAACUGGGACUCAAUGAACUCAAACCUAUGUUUCUAUUAUAUCAUCUCACUGAUCCGGUGUGAGUUUCAACACUUGUGCUUUUCUAAAUAUUAAACACAAACAUUUUCUUCCAGAAAGGUAUAUUUUCUUGAACCUAUGAGGAGCUGAAAAGGUCAUAUAUACAUGCAUGUGUAAAAUAUUAAUAUAGUUACACAGCAAUUGGAGAGUAUAUUCACAAGAUUUUGCAAAAUAAGUUUCCGUUUACUGUAUGCUUAACAAUCAAUAAUUGUAGCAUACUAAUUGUAUAAUAUUUAAUUAGAUACCUUGCCUUGGUUUUAAUAUCCCUACAUAUGUUGUGUGGAUAUUCAUUUCCAUAUUCCAUGCGGUAUCAUUUGCCUUGACCCUUGAUUCAGUGUCCAUUACUGAGCAGAACUUUUUUCAAUUUACAGAGCGUAUGGAUUUUUAAAUCUUAUAGGGGACUAAUCAUAGACUGGAGACUUUUACGUAUCUGUGUUAUCUGUAAAACAACAACAUAAACAAAACAACCUGUGUUCAUGUGCUUAAGUUGUUUGUAUACAUUUGUUUGUUGACAUGCUUUUAUAAUGUAUUGCAGGACAGACAGGUUAAUAAUAAAAAAUAAAUAAUAAUAAUAAUUUUAAAAAAAAUCAUAAAUUGUUAACAACAUUUGCGGCAUAAUCCAAUCACCACAAGAGAGGAUUUAUUUACGGAUUUUUUUUUUCUUUUUUAAUAUUAUGUGAUUAAAUGAAAUAGCAACUGUAAAACAUGUCAAAAUGUGUGUCAGUGUAAAUACCAGAGAAUGGUUUAUUUUUAACACCAUGUUUUAAUAAACAACGUACAAAGAUAUAUGUCUGACUGACAAACUCUCAGCUUACCACAUGUCCUGUCAUGUGAGUGGAAACCUUUUAGUUAUUCUUUGCUCUUUUGAUAUUAAUAAUAUACAAUAUGAA